CAGGGCCCCGCCCCGCGGCCCAGAGCUCUGAGUCCGGGGGUGCCGCGUCGCCCUGCGUGAGGGGCAGGGGCGGGGGCGGGGUGCAGGCGUUGGCCCUGCCACGUCUGGGCCUGGGUUCCCCGCUGUGGCGCUGGCGGGGCAGGAGGUGGGGCAGGCGCUGAAGCCGGAUCCGGAUGCGGAUCCGGUACUCUGCGGCCCCGGGGUAUAGAAUUCGACGCACCUGGCGGGAGCGCAGACUGCCGCGGCUCUGCGGACCUUACUGGAAAGAUGAAACCUGAUGAAACACCUAUGUUUGACCCAAGUCUACUCAGAGAAGUGGACUGGAGCCAGAAUACAGCUACGUUUUCUCCAGCCAUUUCUCCAGCACAUCCUGGAGAGGGCUUGGUUUUGAGGCCUCUUUGUACUGCUGACUUAAACAGAGGUUUUUUUAAGGUACUGGGUCAGUUGACAGAGACUGGAGUUGUCAGCCCUGAACAGUUUAUGAAGUCUUUUGAACAUAUGAAGAAAUCAGGGGAUUACUAUGUUCUAGUUGUGGAAGAUGUGACUCUCGGACAGAUUGUAGCUACAGCAACUCUGAUAAUCGAACACAAAUUCAUCCAUUCCUGUGCUAAGAGAGGAAGAGUAGAAGAUGUUGUGGUUAGUGAUGAAUGCAGAGGAAAGCAGCUUGGCAAACUGUUAUUAUCAACCCUUACUUUGUUAAGCAAGAAACUGAACUGUUAUAAGAUUACUCUUGAAUGUCUACCACAAAAUGUUGGUUUCUAUAAAAAGUUUGGAUAUACAGUAUCUGAAGAAAACUACAUGUGCCGGAGGUUUCUAAACUAACUCUCCUAAGAGAAUUAACAGAGCUGACGUUGCUGCCACCCAAUGGCCUCCAUGAACACAGCGGAGAAACCCAAUGUAAUAUCCCAAGUAUAAUGAUAUUUAGAUUACCUUGGGCUGGAGGGAUAUGCUGAGUUUAGAUUAUAAAUAAAUAUGGUAAAGGGGAUGAUUUUUAACCAAAUGAAUAUAUUUUUAACUUGAAUCUUUUCUUGCUUUGUAUUUUUCUAAAGGUCGGCUUAAUUUCUUGGUAGUGAGUAUGAAUAGUAAGGAGCAAUGCUGCUCAUUUUUUUAAAAAAAACUGACUAAGGCUGUUUCUUACCAUAUUCAUAAAACAUACACUUGUGGGUAUCAUUUCUCACAUAUUAAUUAUAGGGUAUCGAAUCAAAUAUAGUGCAUCUAACAUUUGCUGAUCCUAAUACUGGCAAACAACUUAUCAGCCUUUUAAGGAAUUAUGAAGCUGAUAGGAUUCAGAGUAAAACAAAUGUUUUAUUUACCAAAAAUUUACAUAGUUCUACGUAAAGUGCUACCUAUAUUAUCUGUGAAAUAAUAUUCAUUAGAAUUAUCUAAGAGUGAAUUUAAGGGUCAUAACAGGUAUUUUUUUACGUGACUUAGCAACUCUUGGCAUAUGUACUUCUACCUUUUUUUAAAAUGGGCACUGAAACCUUGCUUUUGGUUAAUGUUUUUGUGAAACAUGGAUUAUGUAAUUGGUGGAAUAUUUAAAAUUGUUUGGCAUUGCAUUUGUCACGUCCUUAAAAUGUUGAUAGCUUUUUCUAUUUAUUUUAAUUAUUUUUUUAAGGAAUUAAGAUACUUUAUUAAUGGUUCUAAUCUUUUGCAUUCCAUGUUACAUUAAACUGUUCAUAUGAAUGACAUCUGUUAGAAUCUUGGCUGUACUUUGAGUCUCCUAUUCAAGUCUGAUUUCACAGCAUCUUAAGUUUUGUAUACUCUUUGUAAAACAAACUUGGAAAGGAAGAACUGGCUACUUCUCAUUUCUUAAGUUGAACCACUUCAACUGGAUUUUGGAUUUUACUAAAAGUUGUUAGUUGAAGUUGACUUUUCAGAACAGUAGAAAUCCUUGACUGGUAGGGGGUAUAUUACUGACCUACACAGAUGAGUGCCUAGUGAAAUCAACAAAGUGCUGUUGUUUCAGAAGUCCUAUAAUCUUGGGCAUCAAUUUCAUUAAGUAAAUUCUGGUAAUUAAAAGCCAUGUUAAUAAGCAUAGUAAAAAGGCUUUAAAAGGUAA